ACGAAGAGACAGGAUCAAUCAAAAGAUGAAAGCACUUCAAAGGCUAGUCCCUAAUGCAAGUAAGACUGAUGAAGCUUCAAUGUUAGAUGAAGUGAUAGACUACUUAAAAACCCGGCAAGCACAAGUUCGAACGAUGAUGAGGAGCAACAUGCCUCAGAUGAUGAUGCCAUUGGGAAUGCAGCAGCAUCUUCAGAUGUCCAUGUUAGCUCGCAUGGCUGCUGCAGGCAUGGGAGCUAUGGGACUGGUAGCUCGUCCUCCAAUGCUCCACCACCUUUCUGCCAUGACAUUCACUCCGUUUGUUUCCUCUCCCUCCAUCAUGCCCUCAAUGAUUCCGGCAUGCCCUCCGGUUCGAGCAAAUUCUUCAGACCCCACCAAUACAAACGCCUCGGCUUCUUUGCCUGAUCCCUAUUGCGCUUUGUUGGCUCAGGCAUGUAAAUUUACGUAGGCCCACUUUUUUUUUUUAACUGAGGAACCCAGGUAAAUUUUAGGGCAUGAUGCCCGGACCAUAACCGGUGUAUCAAGUAAGUAAUAGUUUCACUAGUCGUGGCAGAGACUCGCAUUUAGUCCUUCUUUCUAACAAGAAAGAAUUGAUUUGUUAGU